UAACAAAAUUUUAGCGGAAGUUACAUAUCAUUCAUUUUACCAUCGGAAACCGAAACCAAAUGGCAAACGAUAAUUUAGCGCCAGUUUCGGCCAGUGGGUCGCGACUAAAUGGAGAACCCGUGCAGAUCAUCAGGGCAACAACAAAAGAAGAGGAAGAAAAAACACUGCAUUUCUUUGAACUAGAUGAAGAGAAAUUGGCCAAAAUUCUUCUGGAUCCCAGAAUCCAGGAAAAGAAAGUAGUGGUUGUUUCAGUGGCUGGAGCAUUCAGGAAGGGAAAAUCAUUUCUUCUCGACUUCUUUCUGAGAUAUCUAAAUGCUCAGGGUCACCCUAAUUGGCUGGGAGGGGAUGAAUCACCCCUGGAGGGGUUCACAUGGAGAGGGGGCUCAGAGAGGGAGACCACGGGAAUCUUAAUGUGGAGUGAACCAUUUAUCUGUAAAGUCCCCUCCGGAGAAGAGGUUGCUGUUCUAUUGAUGGAUACCCAGGGGGCCUUUGACAGUGAGUCCACCGUGAGAGACUGUGCUACUAUUUUUGCCCUCAGCACAAUGCUUAGUUCAGUUCAGGUAUUUAAUUUGACACACAACAUACAAGAAGAUGACCUGCAACAUUUACAGCUUUUCACAGAAUAUGGAAGACUUGCAUUGGAGGACAAUGACAAUGUGUCAAAACCAUUCCAGUGUCUUAUGUUCCUGGUCAGAGAUUGGAGCUUCCCCUACGAAUCCUCGUAUGGAGCGGCGGGGGGCAGAAAAGUCUUAGAGAAGAGACUUCAGAUCUCCGAUAAACAACACCAAGAAUUAAAACAGAUUAGGCAGCAUAUCCGUUCCUGUUUUGAGGAAAUCAAUUGUUUUCUCAUGCCCCAUCCUGGGCUAAAUGUGGCCACUAAUCCACAUUUUGAAGGGAAAUUGAAAGACAUUGAACACGAAUUCAAGGAGCAGCUAAAGGUCCUUAUUCCACUGUUGUUGGACUCCGAUAACCUCGUCGUCAAGGAAAUCAACGGAACAACUGUGUCCGCCAGAGAUUUAAUGGAAUAUUUCAAAGCUUACAUUAAAAUAUACCAAGGGGAGGAGUUACCAGAACCAAAGUCCAUGUUACAGGCCACAGCUGAAGCGAACAAUUUAGCAGCAGUCUCCACAGCCAAGACAGAAUAUUGCAAGAGAAUGGAAAAUGUUUGUGGAGGAGACAAGCCAUACUUACACCCAGAACGUCUAGAGGAGGACCACUUCCGCUGCAGACAAGGGGCCAUCGACGUUUUCAAAUCGACGCGGAAAAUGGGGGGGCCUGAAUUCAGCAAACAGUACCUCGAGCAACUGGAAGCUGAAAUAGAAGAACAAUAUGAAAACUUCAAAAAACACAACGAGGGCAAAAACAUUUUCAGUUCGGCACGGACGCCUGCCGUGUUAUUUACGGUCAUGGCGUUUUCGUACGUCAUGUCGGGAGUGUUUGGACUGGUGGGAAUAGAAUCUUUGGCCAAUUUACUGAACUUAGUGCUGGGACUUUUCCUGAUUUUACUGGUGAUAUGGAUUUACGUGAGGUACAGUGGGGAACAUAGGGGCGUGGGGCAGCACAUUGACCAAAUAGCCGAGUUCAUAUGGGAUAAGGGCCUUAGUCAACUGUACAUGCAGAUGAUGCAACAAAGUGUUCAACACGCAGCGAGGCAGACAUCGAGACAAAUGUCAAGACCUAAGACAGAUUAGAACAUGUCACCAAGGUUACGUGAUCCUCCAAUGAAAUUCACAGCAUUUGUGUAUCGUCCAACGAGGCCUCAACCAAAUAUCCUCGCACAUUUCUAAGAUGGCAGUUCUUUCUCCUCCAGCCUUAAUUAAUGCCCCUCCGUGAUGUUUUUUCUGCAAUUUUUAAAAAAAUAAUACAUGUGCUUCUUGGUUGAAAUUUGUUUGCGUUAAUUGUUUAUUUAAAUCAUCUUGAGUUUUUUUUUUCCAAACAUCAACUUGGAUUAAAUUUUUUAAAAAAGCCCAAAAUUUUCAAUUUUCAAUUCUUAUAUGUGAUAUGUAUUUGGCAAAGACGUAUACAAGAAGAAAAGGUGCAAUACAUUGGUUCCCUUAUUUAUGUACCAUAAUGAUUAUUUUCCUACAUUGGAUAUGAAAAAAGAUUUUUACUUUGAAAAUGUGUUCACUUUCUUAUGAGUUAUCUUGCACAAGACAUUAUGUUGUAGGUAAAAUAUUUUCAAAAUUGAAAACUCAGGUCUAAUGUAAUGAUGUGUGAAAUGUACACUUUACAUUUGUUUGGUUUAUCAAAUGGAAAGAAAAAAAAAAUUAAAAAUGCACAUUUGAUAAUAGAUUUAUAUGAUACAAGUCUGUAGCUGUCCAUGUGAAGAGUAUUUUUGUAAUGAAAUUGUAAAUAUUAAUGUUUUUGUAUGAUUAGACUUGAAGUUUGGGAAAAACUUGUUUUGUCACAGAUAAUUUCUCUUGGCAAAAACAUGCAUGGCUUGAGCUUCUUUGUUUGCUCCAGAGCUUAUUAGCAUGAUGAUUUUUGUUUGUUUGUGCCAAAAUGUGCAUGGGGAUUCCAUAGUUGAAUGUUUCUAUAUGUUAUCAAUGGAAAUUUUUAAUUCAGAUUCGUCAAUUUGUUAACUUCAAAGUGUGCUGAUCGAUUAAUCUUUUUAUUUAAUCAAAUCAAAUGACACAUUUUCUUGACAACUACUAAAAAAUAUUUUAAAAUGCAGAAAAACUGGAGAAUGAAAUGGUGUUUUAACCUUAAUUAACUAACUUCACAAACUGACCAAUUACUAUCUUGAUCUUGAUAUGGAGGACCUAAAAAACCUCUAGAAUAAAUAGUUGUGUCAUAAUUCUUACUCAACAAGUUUAUAAAUUUAAUUUUAAGGAAAUUGCUUAUAAAUUUACACAUUUUAUAUUUUCAUCUAAGAUUAUCCAAGCUAUUCCCAUUGUCUGGAAUAUCUGACUCAGUAACAGUUUUGAAAUUGCCAUCUCUACAAUAUAUUGAGAACAGGUUUUUAGAAAGUUUCAUUCAAUAAUUUUUUUGCAUCUUAUUUGUUGACUGAACAGUUCUUUCUUUAAAAUGGAACAUUAUUUGUAGGCAUAGAAUGUUCCUGUUAAUUUGUAUAGGUUUGUAGAGAAUGUAAACAAUUUCUUUUAAAUCUAUUUAUUUGAUCUGUAAAAAGAAAUGUCUAAUAUGUGAGUCUAUAUGUACAUGUGUAUGCCGAAUGUUGGCUUUGAAGCUCUCAAAAAAAUGAAAACUACUUGUACAUUAUGAAUUGACAUUUCAAGUUCUUAAGGUGUGAUGCAGAAGGAAUCUGUAGAAUUUCUUGCAGGUUGAGAGAAUUAAAUAGGAGCCAUUUUUUAAAAAUAAAAUGCACUGAAGCUUGAAAAUCAAAACAAGCAUGCAUUUAUGGAAUGUGAAUAACUGAUAAUUUUACUUCGGAAUUGUCAUUGAUGUUUCUGGUGUAGGAUAUGACAAAAAUUAUAUGUCAAUCUUUGUUCUUACGAUAAUCAAAGUACAGUAAAACACUUAUUACAAUGUACACACACUUAUUACAAAGUGUCAGAGAUGGAAAAUUUUGCUUGACUUAUAAUGAAGCAAAAUUUUCCAUCUCUGACAAUUUUAGAGUAAUUUGUUAUAUCCAUUAACUUUAUAAUACAAUUCAAAACCAAGGGGGAAUGAAAAUAAUUUCGCUACAUGCAUAAAUUCAUUGUAAGUGUGUUUGCUAUAACCGUGUUUUACUGUACUUGUGUGUCAACUUAUAUCAAGUUAGAUAACCAUUUUCAGACUUCAGUAAAGGGAGAGUCUUUGUGGAGAAGCGUUGUUGAUUAUGUCUGUUUGUUUGCUUUGAUUCUUAUGGAUAAGAUUUUUUUUUGUGUGAGAGAAGAAUAUUUCCCUGAGUUUUUUGGGUUUAUUUUGUCUUUGCCACUCCAAAUUGAAGUAAAGAGAACAAGUUAUGGCCCUUGUUUGUGAGUACAGGACAUAUGAUGUCAUGUAUAUACUGUAUUAUCAAUUUUUUUUUUAAAUAUAUCUAUUAUUUUGACUUUAAAAGGGAAAGGGGAUGUUGGGAAUUCAACUACAUGAUGAAAAUAACGAGACAUUUUUCCAUAUAAAUGAUUUCAUUAUUUGGUUUGUUGCUUGAAAAAUGGUGUAUCUAAAGUGCUGCUUCUUUUUCUUUCGAACAAAAAAAAAAAGAAAAUUCAGGUAUUUAUUACAGAUUUACACAUGCUAGUGCUAAAUUAUUUUUAUGAUUUUGAUUCAUAUUUUUAAUUAGAAUUAUCAAUUUGGUUCCUGACAGCCUUAGGAGCCAAUGAAUGGAGAAUUAUUUUGUUCGUCUAACAAAAUAAGUGAUAAUGUAUAUAUAUCACAAAUGCCAGUCUAUUGUUUACAAUUUAUUAAUGUUAAAUAUAGUUGAUUAUGAUUUGACAUUUUUUACAGGUAUAUAUAAAUUAUUAUAAUAAAUGGGAGUAACUUGUUGACUUCAGCAUGUAAGAAAUAAAAAUAUUUGUUGUUUGUUUAAUAAAAGUCAUUGUAUGCC